AUGGAGGAAAUUGAAUUGAAUAAUGAUGAAUCAAGAGAUACAAUAUGUGAUUUAGAUGGCAAUCCUAAGAUAAGUUGGUUCUGUAACAAGAAUGGUUUACUUUUAAAAACAUAUGGGUGGCUUGUUAAAAAUGCUAUAGGAAUUAUAUUGUUAAUACAUGGACUAAAAUCUCAUACUAGAUUAACUUUUAUGAGAAUAAAUAUACAAAUGACAAAUAAUGAUGAAGGGCUAAUAGUAGACAAUAAUAAUUAUUAUAUUUAUAAAGAUAGUUGGAUUGAAAAAUUUAAUCAGAAUGGUUAUUCAGUAUAUGCACUAGAUUUACAAGGGCAUGGGGAAUCAGAAGCAUGGAAAAAUAUAAGAGGAAGUGCUAAUAGUUUUGAUGAUUUAGUUGAUGAUGUAAUACAAUAUAUGAAUCACAUUCAAGAUGAAAUAUCAAAUGAAAGUCAAAUGGAUGAUGAAUCUAAUGAUAUAGUAACAACUAAAAAAAAAAGACUUCCUAUGUACAUUAUUGGACAUUCGAUGGGAGGAAGUAUUGCUUUAAGAAUAUUACAAUUAUUAAGGAAAGAAAAAGAAGAUAACAUUAAUGCUGGAGAGGAAAAUAACUACAAAAAAUGUAACAUCAUGUUAGAUAAUUCUACUAAUGUUAAUGAAAUUGACAAUGAUAUGGUAGAAGAUAUGAUUAAUGAUAUGUGUUAUAUGAAUGCUUUUAAUGAUAAUUCUGUAAAACAUAUUUCGGAUAAACGUUGCAUUACGGAUUCUAAAAAUGAUGAGCCUGGUAUUUCUAGCGCUAAUACAAGUGAUAGUGCAACUGUUCACCCCAAGCUUGGUAGGAGUAGAAGUAAAAAAGUUAGUUCCAGCAAUAAUUCCAAGGGUAGUACUAGUAGAAGUAAAAAAGUUAGUACCAAUAGCAAUUCCAAUGACACUAUCAUCGAUAGUUCAAAUGAUAGUACAAACGAUGGUUCCAAUGAUAUUACAAACGAUGAUUCCAAUGAUAGUACAAAUGAUGAUUCCAAUGAUAGUACAAACGAUGGUUCUAAUGAUAGUACAAACGAUGGUUCCAAUGACACUAUCAUCGAUAGUUCAAAUGAUAGUAUAAACGAUGGUUCCAAUGAUAGUAUAAACGAUGGUUCCAAUGAUAAUAUAAACGAUAGUUCCAAUGAUAGUACCGAAAAUAAUUCCAAUGAUAGUACCCAAAAUGACUCCAAUGAUAGUACCCAAAAUAAUUCCAAUGAUAGCACCAGUAAUAAUUCCAAUGACAAUACCAAAAAUAAUGGUAAAGUUAAAAGAUAUUAUCAUUUAGAUAAAUUAAAUAUUAGAGGUUGCGUAUCAUUAUCAGGAAUGUUAGGACUCAGAAUGAUAGGACAACCAGGAUCAUUUAUAUUUAAUCAUAUUUAUUUACCUAUAACAAAAAUCUUGUCAUAUCUUGCACCGUAUGCAAAAACGGUGGCAGAAUUUCCAUAUAAAACUUCCAAAUUUAUUGAAAAUGUAUUUAAAUAUGAUAAAUAUAGAAGUAAUGAUGGAAUAACAUUUAAAUAUUUACAUGAACUUGCAAAAACAAUGCGUAAAUUGUUUGAUAAUGUUAAAGAUUCCCCAAAAGACGUUCCUGUGUUAUUAGUCCAUUCAAAAGACGACGGUAUUUGUUAUUAUAAAGGGUCAGAAUCAUAUUAUAAUAAAGUAGAUGCUAAAGGAUCAGAAUUAUAUAUUGUUGAUGGCUUGAAUCAUUCUACAACGUUAGAGUCAGGAAAUGAAGAUGUUUUAAAAAAAGUUAUUGAUUGGAUUAGUAAUUUGGGAAAUAGUAAUGAAGGUGAAAUAACAAGCAAAAUAAAAGAAAAUAUAAAAAAGGUAAAACAAAAGCUAAACUAA